AUACGACUUCUUGACAAAAUGAUAGCGAUUUCGUAUAUCUGUGCGCAUGCUCUCUCUGGACGUUCCUUCUUCAACCAUCAAAAAUGGCGGAGCAGACCGAGAAAGCUUUCCAGAAGCAGCCUACGGUCUUCUUGAACCGCAAGGCGGUUCCAGGCCAAAAGAAGACUUCUCGCUUCGUGCGUAAUGUUGGGCUAGGCUUCAAGACCCCUCGCGAGGCCGAGGAGGGCACAUACAUCGACAAGAAGUGUCCAUUCACUGGAAAUGUGAGCAUUCGUGGUCGCAUUUUGACUGGUGUCGUUGCUUCAAUGAAGAUGAAGCGCACCAUUGUCAUCCGCCGUGACUACUUGCACUACAUUCGCAAGUACAACCGUUAUGAGAAGCGCCAUAAGAACAUCAGCGCUCACUUGUCGCCCUGCUUCCAGGAUGUACAACUCGGUGACAUUAUCGUCGUCGGACAAUGCCGACCUCUCAGCAAAACAGUCCGCUUCAAUGUGCUGAAGGUCCAGCGAUCUGCCGCAGGCAAGAAGUCUUUCAAGAAGUUCUAAGCUCCCUUUCUAAUAAAAAAGGCAAAAGAA